CUGGCUCAGUCGCCCUCCCAGGCCCGCGAACGGCACCGUUCCAAAUUUUGCAAAAAUUUUUACCGGUCCACACGGCAAAAAAAGGACAAAAGGGGGGAAAAUCCAACGGCGAUCCGGACCGGUGCGUUUCUCCCCAGUUGGAACUUUCGGACCGGUUGGAACUUUUUACUCCAGUGCUACCGUUCAGUUUCUAUCUCUACUGUUUUUUUUCCGAACGAUUUUUUUUUGAAAUAUUUAAUUUUGUUGAAAUUUUCCUUUAAAAAAUUUCUGGUGCCUGUUUAACCAUUUUUUUGGAUAAUUGAUCAUGGAGAGAUCAUGGAGAAAAAAUAAAAUCAAGGGAGGAAGGAUGGGCUGACCGAGAUGGGACGGAUCUACGCCGUGACACCUGACGGAAAGGAGGUCGAUGUAGAAAUCUGCAAAGAUUCGGAGACCCUGUACAGGGCGUUGAGGGAGGCGGUGGCCGCCCCUCCGGAGGCGGCUCUAAGGCUUGUGGACCCGUCCGGGAAAGAGGUGCUACACAUAUCGAGCCGCGUACCGUCCAACACGCCACAGAACCGGUACAUCCUAUCUGUCUACACGCCUAACGGUAAUUUCGGUAUGCUGGUCGAUGAGGUCAACAUGGAUUUGGCCACUUUGGAGAACAGGGUGCUCGAGCUUGAGAAACAGCUCCAGUCUAAGGUCAGUCCACUGCCUCCCGUCGUUCAAGACCUGAAGCACGACGUCGAGACUUUCAAGCACCGACUUGAAACGACGAAGCAUCUAAGUUGGCUGAACUGCUACAAGGAGCUGCCGCCUUCCUGCAGAAGGCUGCAGUACCGCAGGAGGAGCGACGCCAAGCAGAAAAUCGUCAGGGAGCAGUUCAUUCAAAUAUGCGAGAACAAGAUCUCGGACGAGAUAGUGCAGUGCCUGAGGCUGUCCUCUUUCGACUCGAUGCAGUGGUCGGACGAGGAGCUCCUGUCCCUCCUCUACUUCAUGUUCUCCGACCUUGGCCUCAUCGAGGCGUUCUCCCUGGACAAGUUGAUCCUCCGCAACUUUCUCUUCCAGGUGUAUAAGAACUACAACGAAGUUCCGUUUCACAAUUUUCGACAUUGUUUUUGCGUAGCUCAGAUGAUGUACGCUAUGUGCUGGAAGGCGGAUUUGGCAAAGAGGAUAGGCGUCCUGGAAGUCCUUGUGCUUCUAGUUUCUUGUAUAUGUCACGAUCUCGACCAUCCUGGGUACAACAACAUAUACCAGAUCAAUGCGAGGACGGAACUCGCCCUGAGAUAUAACGACAUAUCGCCCCUGGAGAACCACCACUGUUCCAUAGCGUUCAGGAUCCUGGAAAUGGAAGAGUCGAACAUUUUCAAACACCUCGGGCCCGAAGAGUUCAAACUAGUCAGAGAAGGGAUCAUAAGAUGUAUCUUGGCAACAGACAUGGCACGUCACAACGAGAUUCUCGCCCAGUUCCGAGAAGCUUUUCUUCAGGGUUUCGAUUACUCAAACAAAACCCAUAUCAAUUUGUUGUGUAUGGUGUUGAUCAAAGUGGCCGAUAUAUCGAACGAAGCGAGGCCGAUGGAAGUGGCGGAACCUUGGCUGGACAGGCUCCUUCAGGAGUUCUUCACCCAGAGCGAUGCGGAAAAGGAAGAAGGCCUACCUGUGACCCCUUUCAUGGACAGGGAGAAGAUCACAAAGCCUUCUUCUCAGUGUAGUUUCAUCGGUUUUGUCCUUCUUCCCCUUUUCGAAUCCCUCUGCGACCUCCUGACUGAGCUUUCGCCUAUGAUGGUCGAACCUGUGAGGUCUGCCCUCGAGUACUAUCGCCGUUUGAACGAAGCCCACCAUAAGAACUCAGUCGUGGACACAUCGCCGGGCAUAGGGAACGGCGUAAGCACACCUUCUCCGACUAAAGUCCUCAAAUCCAACUCGAACUACAGCAUUAGAAAGACGAGUAUUACUUUCUCCCAUCACCCCGAAGACGACGUGGAUGAAGUCCUUGAAGACCUAAGCCCAGAAGAGGAGGCGACAGUUACAGAAGUCGCAGUCAGCGAAAAGACGCUCAAAUUCAAAAUAUCGACUGAAAGCUCGAGUGAGAAAAAGAGCCAUCCAGGGAGUAGAAAAGGGUCGAGGGAAAGGUAUCAAGAGGAAGACAACAUGUGCGAUUCGUGUCAUAGGAGAGAUUAUGCUGUGAGAUCUCAAUCUUUGGUCGAACCGGAAUGGAAGUCGGAGAAGAGGCGGAGUCAAGGUCCAAAGUCUCCGGGUAUAGUGAGCAGGCUGAGAAAGCUGGGCUGGAGGUCGGACGACAGGUCGCCCGGUUCUCCUGCGAGCCUCAGAGAGCAGAGGGAAGUGCAGCAGGCUGAAAAGAGAGCGUCCACCCUGCCCAAGGUGAACAGGAAACGUUUCGCCUCCGAGGCGAGGAAAGGCUGGCGUGGCCUCCUGAGACGAAGGGACGAGCCUACGACGUCAAAGCCGAACGGCCUUUCCUCAGAUUCCCUCAGCAAAGGAGAGAGCGAGGACUCCUCCAUGGUGAACAACAACCGUAAGAAGAACCGAGUCGAAGGCUCUCCGCACAGGCAGCGAUGGAUGGCCAGCCUCGUCUCCUCGUUCCGGAGCAAGAAGUCGCACCCCGUACACGAUUCGCCCAAAUCUUAGGCCUUGGAGAGAAAAAAAAAAUCUAGUCUUUGUAAAUAACCUGAAAUUUUCCUUUUUUUUUUCUUUUGUACGUGUGAUUUUCCUCUCGUCCGAAUUCAUCCCGCGCCAAUGAGUGUUUAUGUGUAUGUGACGAUAAAAAAAAUGACAUUCGAUCAAAUGACAAAAUUCUUAUCGAGAUAGGGUCGAUUUUAUAAAAGGGUAAUUUAGAAAUAUUUCCCCGCUGCACCCCCUCCCAAGGUAAAAAAUCGUUUAAAAUAAAUAAUAAAAAUAAUAAGUUUAUAUUUUUACAAACAUAUGUGCCUUCGAACAUGGUAUAUUGAGCGGAAAAUAAAAUAAACAGUAAGUUUUCUUUUUCUCCGGCGGGGGUUCGGAUCAUGCCUCCCCCUCCUGCCUUUGGGUUUUUCCAUCCGCCUCAUCCCCACUCUCCCAAUAACCAAGUACAGAUCCAAGACAUAAACCAUUUACUUAUUGUCGAAAAUAAGAAGAGACAAAAAAAAAUUUAAAUCCUUUUACGAAAGUUUUUAUUUUUAAAGGUAAACCAAAGGAUGAAAAUGUUUAAAAAAAUUAAAUAAUCCUUUUAAAAAGAUCAAACAAAAUGUGCAUUUAGCAAAAAAAUGUUUAUAUAUGUAGUUAAAUAUUUAAAAAUUACAUGUGUGUAAUAUAAAUAAAUAGGUAAUUAAAAAAAUAUUGAUGUAUAAAAGAUAAGUUAUUUAUUACGUAGAGAAGGAUAUAUUAUAUGUUAAAGAAGAAAAAAAGAAUAGUGUAUGUCGUGUUAUAUCGAUGUUGAACUUUUAAAAAAGCCCUCUAUUUUUCUCCCAUUGCGUGUAAUUUUUUUUAGUUUUAGGAGAACGGAAAAAAAUCAAUGGCCUAUAAACAAUACCAAAAUAUUUACUCGGGGUUUUAUUGCAUAAUAAAAUAUAUUUUAAAAAAACAAGUGUUGAUAAGGGGAAAGCCCCCCCCCCAGACUAACUUUAACGUUUGAUGACCCCCCCACCAACAAAGAAAAAAAUGCAAACAACAAACGUACCAAUAAAG